AUGGAUACAGUUUUUGUACCCAAUUCUCAGUUGAAUUCGCUUCCUCCUUCAAAUCGCCAAUCUUCCAUCAUGGAACCAUGGAACCCUGUUUCUUCCUUUGCUUCCCCUUCUGCCUCCUCUUCGCAACCUGUGCCUUCUGAUUCACACCCCUCCGCUUCAAUGGAUACUUCUUCUCCCCGCUUUUCGGCCUUUCCAAACCAAAAAAGCCCUUCUUUCGCUCCGGGCACAUCUUCCAUAUCUCCAUUUACCUCUGCUUCAUCCAAUUCCUACACGGGGUUUCCCUCCCAGCCCUUUUCGAAUCCAUCCUUGUUGGAAAAUUCUGUCUCCCGCUUUCAUGAUUCUUCUCCUCCUUCGUCUUCUUCUUCCCUAUCUUCCCCUAAUCAGCGAGGUCUCUACAAUCACUCCUCUCAGUUACUUUCAGAUGAAUUGUCUUUCGACCCAAAGGGUUCCAUUCCUCCCAACGAGCUCCUCUCCUCUACUUGGUCAAAGGGUCCUUCUCCUAAUUUUUCUCCUUCACAUGAUCGUUAUUCCUCCCAGACCCCCACUUCUCUUUCUAAAAGUCAACUUGCCAACCCCUCUGCUUUGCCGAAUCCCAUGCGCGUUUCACCAAAUAGUACUGAAAAGUGGAAUCGUUUGUCCUUGUCGGAAUCUGUUAGCCCCAGCCUUUCCGGUCAGACUCAAUUGUUUGCUCUUCAGCAACAACAACAACAACAACAGCAACAGCAGCAACAAACCGCUUCUGUUCAAAAUUCUACCCCAUUUCCUAUGCAGUCUGUCCGCCCUAGCACCGGUGAUGUUUAUUCUAGCUUGUCUACCGGUCUCUCUGCGCGCCGUCCAAGUUUGAACACUGAUCAUCACGGACGGCCCAUACCCGCCACUGCUCUUCGGCUUCCUGGUCGACCAUCUUUGAACGGCGCUCAGAUUUCACCAAAUUUGCAGAAUGUCGCCCUAAACCUUUCUCCUCGUCAUCCUGUGGCUCAGGCACCUUUGUCUGCGGAUCCUACGUUUGCCUCUUUUGAUUUUUUGAGUGAUAAUUCUAUUUGGUCAAAAGCCUCUGCAUCUCCUUCAACCAAAUACAAUUUGUCAAAUACUGCUACUCCCUCCCAGCCUGCGGAUCCUGCAGUUCCAGUGCCUUCCUCCCGAUUAUCAGGCAAUAACGUGCCUAAUUUGGUGUCUGAUCGAUUGGACCUUGCCAAUGCCAAUGGUUUUACACAAAGAGCUACUCGUCCUUGGGCCCGGCAUUCUGCCUCAGGCACUUCUCGCUCAUCUCUUUUCUCACCAACCACUGGACGGGUUCCUGCGAAUUUAGAAAAUCACCUAGCCCAAUUAUCGUUGAAACAGAGAAGCAACAGCGCUAGCUUCCCUUCUAUCAAUAAUACGAGAUCUCCCGUUGCCCCUGAGGAUUUAGCUAAUGAUGUUAAUUCCCUUGAAGAGAUGGCAAGUCCAAAUGACUUGGCCGAGAAUCGUUUUGCAUGGCCCAGAGGACAAAGACGCUCUUCGGUUACUGAUGCUAAAAACUAUCGACUAGUGCCUCCUCCAUUACGCUCUUCUUUUGAUGUAUCUACAAAUCCCAUUUCCAUGCGUCCUACGUUGUUGUCAUCAAAUCGAGUUCCAUCUUCGGCGCCUCCACAGACCCUGCAUUUUGCAAAUGUACCUCCGCUGUCAGCUCCUUUGUCUGACGUUUUGGAAGCGGAUGUUGAUGCACCAUCUUCAAUGGCUCAAGCAAACGCUUCAGCCACUAACUUACUUUUGGUUGAGUUUAAAGCCGGUCGCACAGAUGUAUUUGUCGCCGACGCAGGUCAUUUGACCGAUGUCAAACAUAAUAGUUAUGUUAUUGUAGAGGCGGAUCGUGGCCAAGAUCUGGGACGAGUUGUUGCAAAAGAUUUGUCUCUUGUUGAAGCAGCAGCUCAAUUAGCAAGUUUGAAAGAGGAACAAUUAGCAGCUUUACAACCAGCUGAAGGUAACAGCACUUAUGGUGCUAAAAGUGAUAGCAGUAUAUCUACCACAGCUACAGGCUUGCAUCCAAAGCACAUUUAUCGUUUAGCUGAAUCCCGAGAAGUAGAUGAACUUGCUUCCAAAUACCAAGACGAAUCACAAGCAUUGUUGGUUUGUCAAGCUAAAGUACGACAAAGAAAGCUUCCCAUGGAAGUUUUAGAUGGAGAAUACCAGUGGGAUCGAAAGAAACUUACAUUCUACUAUCAUGCAAAGCAACGUAUUGAUUUUCGCGAGCUCGUUCGUGAUUUAUUUAAAGUUUAUAAAACUCGUAUUUGGAUGUGCGCUGUUAACGAAGGUAAUAUUCCUGCUAAUGAUUCCGCCGGAGCAAGUUGGUAA